CCAUAGAAACACCCCCCAAAAGCCAAAAAGAUAAACCCUUCUUUAAUGGCACAACUAAUCUUCAUCUCAAACCUUAAAUUCUUCUAAAUACCACCAAACCAAAUCCUCCUUAAAUAACCUUCUUCUAAAUACCACCAAACCAAAUCCUCCUUAAAUAACCCUACCGAGCUUCUUCUCCUAUUACUUGAUUUUAUCAAAAAAAAAAAUUGCAGGAACUUCUUCGAUUUUAUCCUUCUUUAAUUUUUUUAUUUUUUUCACUUUUGUUUGUGUGUUUUACUUUUUAUCACGAUAUGCACGUGGAAACCCAGAAGAGAAUUUGGUGAAAAAACAGAGGAAGCAAAAUGGCACUUACUUGGACUCAUAAGGACAGAGGAGAAAUUAGGGUUCAUGAGAAUUUGCUGGAACUAAGCAUAGACUUGGUAGAUUAUAUAGCUGAGAUAUCAGAAGCAUCAAUUAAAGAGCAUGGUGCUUUCUGCAUUGUGUUGUCAGGAGGCUCUCUCAUUAGUUUGAUGGGAAAAUUGAUCGAGCCACCUUACGACAAGAUUAUAGAUUGGGCGAAAUGGUAUGUCUUUUGGGCGGAUGAGCGCGUAGUAGCUAAGAGUCAUGACGAUAGCAACUACAAACUCGCCAAGGACAAUCUCCUCUCCAAGGUCUUUGUGUUUCCGAGACAUAUAUGUUCGAUUAACGACACAGUUUCGGCGGAGGAAGCUGCAGCAGAGUAUGAGUUCGCCAUCAGGCAGAUGGUGAGAACAAGAACUGUGGCUGCGUCUGAUAAUAGUGACUGCCCCAAGUUUGAUCUGAUCUUGCUUGGGAUGGGAUCGGAUGGGCAUGUAGCCUCGCUCUUCCCGAACCAUCCAGCACUUGUGGUGAAGGACGAUUGGGUCACUUUCCUAACUGACUCUCCCAAACCGCCACCAGAGAGAAUCACAUUCACUUUACCCGUCAUUAACUCAGCUGCUAAUGUUGUUGUAGUAGCAACCGGCGAAUCCAAAGCCAAUGCUAUCCACUUAGCUAUCGAUGAUUUGCCCAAACAAGAGAGCUCUUUGUCCCUGCCUGCAAGGCUAGUCCACCCAAGCAAUGGGAAUCUGAUCUGGUUUAUGGAUAAACCAGCGGGGUCUAAACUUGACAAGGUUUAAAUUUUCGGAGUAGGACUUAGAUAUUGUUCUUUGUUCCAAAAGCGAAUGGUUCUUUUUAAUCAGUGAUGACCCUUUUUGUAUGAAGAGCAUCCGGUUUAGAAACAUGAUUUUGUUUACUUUUCUAACCAA